AUGGCCGGAAACCUUCAACCUCCACGACCCCAACUGCAAGGUCGGAGGCAUCAGUCGGGUUUCUCUCACCUGUCCAAAGACUCGUACAGAUCCUUCGCGACAUCUGCCUUCGAGGCCGACGACGAACUCUCAUACACCACCGAUGCUGAGAUGAGCUCUCGCAAUAGCGACGGAGAGGACGGAGGCGGCGACAUGCCGAGGAGGCUGCAGGUUCCCGCGUACUCUGGCCACGAUGCUCGCCCGACGAGCCAGAAGGAGCUGGCGGGCUGGUAUAUGUAUGCCUUCGCGUCCGAAACGUAUAUGGUCUGCGGAAUUGGCUCAUUCAUCCCGAUCCUCCUCGAGACCCUCGCACGCGAGAAUGGCUACCUCGUAUCCGACCCGACGAAACCAUGCGGCAGCAGUGAGAGCAAAGGCGACGGGACGGGACCUUGUGUGGUGGACGUAAUAGGCAUUCCGGUCAACACGGCCAGCUUCGCCAUGUACACCUUCUCCGCCAGUGUCCUCCUCCAGGCAUUGCUUGUCGUCAGUAUCAGCUGCGCCGCUGACCACGGCGCCUACCGGAAGAAGCUCCUCCUGACAUUUGCUUGGAUUGGCAGCGUUUCUGUCAUGUGCUACAUCUUCAUCACCAAAACGAACUAUAUACUCGGCUCGAUGCUGACCAUCAUCUCCAACACGGCAUUCGGCGCGUCCUUUGUUCUUCUCAAUUCUUUCCUCCCUGUUCUCGUGCGAAACCAUCCCGAGGUCAUCGAGGCCCGGGACCCAUUGUCACCCGACCUGGCGAACUCGCAUCUGGAAUCUAGAUCGCUUGCAGACUCGACUGGAGAUCUUCGUGCUGACUCGACGUCUCCCCUUCUCGAUGACAGUUUUGGUCCCAGCUCUGGGUAUAGCCUCAAGCCAAGCCAAGACGAAGUCAUGUCCAAAGAAAUGCAGGUUUCAUCGGCAAUAUCGGCCAAAGGUGUUGGUAUUGGGUAUUGCGCUGGGUUGUUUCUCCAAUGCGUGGCUAUUGUCAUUCUUCUGGCAAUGAAGGCUACGCCCACUUGGGCGCAGCGUGUCGUCCUCUUCAUCGUCGGAGUAUGGUGGACCAUUUUCACCAUCCCUGCCGCUAUGUGGCUGCGUCCCAGGCCAGGCCCGCCUCUGACAGAUGGAUCGAAGGGGGGGUUAUCCUACAUCAUAUACGCCUGGAAGUCACUCUUCAGAACUAUCCUGCUUGCAAGACGCCUCGUCGACAUCAUCAUCUUCCUUGCUGCUUGGUUUCUUCUCUCCGACGCCAUUGCGACUACAUCAUCGACGGCAAUCCUGUUUGCAAAGACGCAGUUGCAUAUGAAAGCCUGGGCAUUGGGCAUGAUCAAUGUCAUCACUACACUUUGCGGAGUGGUGGGCGCUUUUGGCUGGUCGGGCAUCUCGAAGAAGUUCAACUUGAAGCCCCAUCAUGUCAUUCUCGUGUGCAUCGGUCUUUUCGAGCUCAUCCCACUCUACGGUCUCCUGGGCUAUUUGCCUUUUGUCCAAAGGUGGGGGGUCUUCGGGCUGCAGGAGCCGUGGGAGAUGUACCCUCUGGCAGCUCUCUACGGGCUUAUUUUGGGCGGGCUCAGUAGUUACUGUCGAUCCUUGUACGGAGAGCUCAUCCCGCCGGGCUCCGAGGCUGCAUUCUAUGCACUGUUUGCCAUCACAGAUAAGGGAUCGAGUGUUUUCGGGCCCGCCAUUGUUGGCGCCAUUAUUGAUUCAUCGGGGACUGUGCGGCCGGCGUUCUGGUUCCUCGCGGCACUCAUCGGGCUGCCUGCGUUUAUUCUGUGGUUCAUCGAUGUAGAAAGGGGCAAGAUAGAGGGCGGAAAGCUUGCGCGAGCAAUCGAGGGUGCAGAAGUUGUGGGUGGGGGAGAGACGGGCGAUGAUGCGGAAACUCGCGGCAUGAUUGCGGAUUACGAGAGCAACGAGGACGCCGCACAGUACGGUCCCCCACGGUAA